UCAAAUGUAGUAAACAAAAGCACGUGAAAAUUACGAAAAACAUUAUUUCUUAAAAUAAUUUAGUUUAUUGGUCAAAAUGCCGAAAACAAAAAAAACAGUUCAAAACCUCAAGCAUCCUAAUAGUAGGAAAACUAUAUCACUUGUCAAGAAAAUGAAGAAAAGCGAAAAAAGGGACACCAAGAAACUUGGCACCGAUAUCAAGAACAACCUCAUAGGCGAAAAAAUUAUGUGGUUUAAAGACAGGAUUCCUGAAGAUUGUCCCGUGCUAUCCAAGGAGCAAACGUUAGGGCUCAUUGAACAGUACCUGUCGCGUUUCGAUGAGGAGUUGGAACAAAUUUUGUUGAAGAAUUCCAUCGGCCAUAGAAAAAAUCGGCAACAUGCUAGUAGAGAGGACAUUAUUAAUAUUACAAAGAAAAAUGAGUUAGAAGAGUUCCAGACCUGUGGCUUGGAAAUGCCGGACUUGAUGGAUCAUCAGCAGAUGGAGGUUUUAAGGAGUUGGAAUGGAGAACUGAGGUAUCUGCAGCACUUCAAGCUGAAAAGAUUUGCUAGGAAACAUCUAACAUAAUUUAUUUAGUACUGGUAUUAUAUACUCAACAUCAAAUAAACCGCACCUUCCGCGACGCGAACUUUAAAGAUUUUCUUCUGACACAAUCAUGGUACCCCAACAAUAUUGGUGUUAUUUGAAAGCCCAAUAAAUAUCCUUAAAGAAAAAUACAUGUCCUUUCUAAAUAAAUGAUUAACAUAUACCAUGAAUGUGACUUGAAAAUAGACCUCACUUUGGGCUCACCUCUGGGAUCAAUUAGACCAAUUUUUAUGGUUAUAAAACCAAAUAAAGAUCUCACGUGUCCUCUUUAACAGAUGGAUAGCGAUUAAUCCCAACUUAACAGUUUUAUAGUCAUAAAAAAUGGCUAUAGCGUAACUACCUAUUUUUUGAAGAAGUGACUCUGGAUCCUUCUAAAGACACGUUUUUGGGGUAAAAACCUUUCCUUUAAUGAAAUGAAGGUAAGAACUAGGCUUUUAAAUGGUGCCAAUAUCGGUGGGAAGUGGGGAAGCAUACGUUUGAAAAUGCUUGUCGCGGGAGGUGCGAUUUAUUUGAUGCCGAGUGUAGUUUUAAGUAAAUUAAAAUUUUAUUUCUAACAUUUGCUUCUUUUUUAUCAUUUAUUAGUACAAUAAUAAAAACAUCUUUGUAUGUCUGCUUU